GUCAAAGUGACUUUUUAGCAUAAUAAUACAAUUGUCUCCUUCCAUGUCCACUUGAAGUGUUUAUGCAUUUUAUUUGAAGUCUAUUUUUAUUGUUGUUUUUAACACUUUCUUAUUCAUAUUUAAUAUAUGACACCACUGGGCCCAAAACCUCUAGUGUGAACUGGGUAGACACCUCCAGGUAGGAUCAAGGUCUGAAGGUGUCAUCACCUCUUUUAAGUCACAUCAAAGUUAUGUUUCUUUUGUGUCCCAAAAUACAUUUUUUUACUUCUCCAAGUGUGAUGUGGCUAUAUAAGUGCUGGAAAGUCCAAGACAACCUCAAAUCUGAGUAGAGAAGACCCAAAAGAGCACACAUGGAGAAGGACCCAGAGCUGGAUCAAGCCAUCUCCAAUGCUUUAUCUCUACAGGAAGACUAUCCAGAUCUAUACCUUCCACCAAGUGACAAGGACAUGAAUGACUCCAUUACAAUUCCUAAAAUUCCCUUGGAGACAGAAAUACAGAAGCCUCUGAAUGAUCCAAACAGGCUUCAGGACACCUUGGUGGAGCUUUAUUCCAUCCUUGGGAUACCACAGGAGCCUCCAAUAACCAGACCUUUCAACGUCUGGAGAGACCAAUCUACACCAUCCAUCGUUACUCAGGAUGACCUUCUGACCAGGAAGCCACCAAAUGGAAUUAAGAGUAAGAUUUUUUUUUAUAUAUUUUACUGGACAACCCCUUUCAUGUUGUCCACUGCUUGUCUAUUUUUUUCAGGGAUGUUUCCUAAAGAGGAAAUGGGAAUAUCUAAGAGAGUCAAGGAAGAGAAAGAAGGCCAAGUCCCAUCAACCUCAAUUCAGAACUGUAGAAAGAGGACCCUCUACAACAGGCAGCAGACCCUCUUCCUCCAGAAGCAGUUUGAUUUCAAUCCGUACCCCGAUUAUGUGAGCCGGUGCUGCUUCGCUCAGGUCACCGGGAUCCCAGAACCAAGAAUUCAGGUAAUCAUUUUCAUUCACAAUUUGUUUCAAAUGCUUUCUUCAAUACACAGCGCCACACCUGUCUACAGGCCAUGUGUGGUAUUGCAGUUCAGUUUAAUUCACUUCAAUGGAGCAGAUCUGCAGUACCAGGCACAACCUGUGAGAAAGCAGCUGUAUUUUUUCUAAUCCUUU